AUGUGGCUGGCCCUCUUCGUCGGCGGAGGUGCCCUCUAUGCCGUCGGCAUCAUCGUCUACAGAGUCUUCUUCCACCCGCUGGCCAAGUAUCCCGGCCCUUUCCUGGCCAAGAUUACCGAUGCCUACCAGCUCUACCACGCCUACAAGGGUGAUCGCCAUCUCGAGUUUUGGCGCAUGCACGAGCGAUACGGCAAGGUCGUCCGCUUCGGCCCCAACAGCGUCUCCUUCAACUCCAACACCGCCCUCAAGGAAAUCUACGGCUUCCGCUCCAACGUCCGCAAGGCCGAGUUCUACGACGCCUUUGUCCACCCCGCCGCCAACACCCACAACACCCGCGACAAGGACGUCCACGCCCGCAAGCGCCGCGUCCUCUCCCACGCCUUUGCCGAGGGCGCCAUGAAGGAGAUGCAGCGCUACAUUCUCGGCAACGUCCGCACCUUUUGCGAGCAAAUUGGCGUCCGCGACGGCGCUGCCGACGCCAAGGGCUGGUCCGCCCCCCGCAACAUGGCCGACUGGUGCAACUACCUGGCCAUGGACAUUCUCGGCGACCUGAGCUUCGGCAAGGCUUUCCACAUGCUCGAGCGCCCCGACAACCGCUUCGCUCUGGAGCUCGUCGAGGCUGCCACCACCAGACAUCUCAUUUGCGGCACCAUGCCCAUCGUCGACAAGCUCAAGGUCGACCGCGUCCUCUUCCCCAAGCUGGCCGCCGGUCGUGCCCGCUACAUGGCCUACAGCAAGGGCCAGCUCAGCGAGCGCACCAAGCUCGGCGAGGAGACGGAUCGCCGCGACUUCUUCUACUACCUCCUCAAGGCCCGCGACCCCGAAACCGGCCAGGGCUUCAGCACGCCCGAGCUCUGGGGUGAGUCCAACCUCCUCAUCAUUGCCGGGUCCGACACCACCUCGACCGCCAUGGCCGCCACCCUCUUCUACCUCGUGCGCAACCCGCACGCGCUGCAAAAGGUCACCGAGGAGAUCCGCGGCCGCUUCAACAACGUCGAGGAGAUUGUCCACGGCCCGGGCCUCGGCGGCUGCACCUACCUGCGCGCCUGCGUCGACGAGGCCAUGCGCCUGUCACCCUCGGUCGGCGGCAUCCUGCCCCGCGAGAUCCUCGCCGGCGGCAUGACCAUUGACGGCCACACGCUGCCCGCCGGCACCGUCGUCGGCGUCCCCCACUACACCGUCCACCACAACGAGGCCUACUUCCCCGGCGCCUACACCUACGUGCCCGAGCGCUGGCUCGCCGGCAGCAAGAACAGCGCGCUCGGCCGCGAGACCACCCAGGACGACGUCUCCCUCGCCUCGUCCGCCUUUUGCCCCUUUAGCGUCGGCCCCCGCGGCUGCAUCGGCAAGGGCCUCGCCUACGUCGAGAUGACCACCACCCUGGCCCGUACCAUUUACACCUACGACAUGCGCAAGGCCGUCGGCGUCGAGGACCCCAGCGAGGGCCGCGCCGGCAACGAAUGGGGCCGCCACCGCCCCAGCGAGUUCCAGCUGGUUGAUACCUUUACCAGCGCCAAGAAGGGACCCAUCGUUGAGUUUAAGAAGGUGGACGAGGAGUAG